CCUUUUCAGCCACUCAAACAAUUUGUCAUUUCUUCCCCGUCAGUUCCCCAAUACCAUUUCCCCAUCCAUAAAAAAUUGUCAUUUCUUCCCACUUGUCCUACACUGCUACCGCUUAUCGCUAUUCUUCCCCACCUAAAAAUUCCCAGGCACCUACUCUUCGGUUCCAAUCCACGAAAGGCCAAUUUCGAGGGAAGGGGGUGCUGUGUGGUUUCUUGCUGCCGGCGGUUUCUUGGGCGAAUCGAAUUCGGGUGCCUCUUGCUCCAUCCAGUGCUUUCUUGGGCUGGAUUCUGGUACCCCGGUGUUUCUUACGUGUUGCGGCGGUCAAGACGAGGAAUUGCUCAAAUCGGUGCCUUGCUGGGUUAAUUCAUUCCCCUUUUAUUUAUGUGAGAUUUGGUGCUGUCAGCUGGCGGGAGCCUGGAUUGGUGCCUCCACAAACAGAUUCUUGGAGCUGAUUUGGUGAGGGAGAGUGGAACAAGGGGAUGUCUUUCAGGAGCCUGAUUCAGGAGAUGAGGGACGAGUUCGGGAGCAUCUCCCGGCACAGCCUGCGGUCCCGGUCUCGCCGGUCUGGGAACACGCCGCGGGAAGCGGCCGUGGGGUCAUCCGAUGAGGCGCUGCAGCAGAGCUGCUGGGCACGGCUGCCCUCCGAGCUCCUGCGGGAGGUGCUGGUAAAGAUCGAGGCGUCCGAGAGCCGGUGGCCGGCCCGCAGGGACGUGGUGGCGUGCGCGGGCGUCUGCCGGGCCUGGAGGGGCGUCAUGAAGGAGAUCGUACGUGUCCCGGAGGCGUCCGGGAAACUCACGUUCCCGAUCUCGCUCAAGCAGCCUGGCCCAAGGGAUGACACUCUUAAAUGUUUCAUCAGGAGGAACCGGACUACUCAGAUCUACUAUCUGUUUCUUGGACUCACAGAAGCACUGGCUGAUGAUGGAAAAUUCUUACUUGCUGCACGCAAAUGCCGAAAACCCACAUGCACAGACUACCUAAUUUCUCUUGAUCGGAGUGAUAUGUCGAAGGGAAGCAGCACCUAUAUUGGCAGGCUAAGAUCAAACUUUCUCGGAACAAAGUUUACCGUAUAUGAUGCUCAUCCCCCAUACAAUGGUGCUGUGGUUUCAAAGAGUCGGUCAGCACGUGUGAUUGGUUUGAACCAGGUCUCUCCUAGAGUUCCUGCUAGGAAUUAUCCAGUUUCACAUAUUUCGUACGAGCUGAAUGUUCUGGGCUCCAGAGGUCCAAGAAGGAUGAACUGUGUUAUGGAUUCCAUCCCCGCAUCAGCUGUUGAGGAAGGAGGGAAAGCUCCAACACCGACUGAAUUUCCUCUUAGCAGCCUUGACUCUUUCCCAUCAAUUCCAUUCUUCAGAUCUAAAUCAGCUCGGAUAGACAGUUCAACUUCACAAUCAUCCACUGAGAAGGAAGAGAGGCUGGUGUUGAAGAACAAGUCUCCUAGGUGGCAUGAACAACUGCAGUGUUGGUGUCUCAAUUUCCAAGGGCGGGUCACAGUUGCCUCGGUGAAAAAUUUUCAGUUGGUGGCUUCAGAUGAAAUUGGGCCAGGUAACCAGGAGCAAGACAAUGUGAUUCUCCAGUUUGGAAAGAUUGGAAAGGACUUGUUCACCAUGGAUUACCGUUAUCCAAUAUCAGCAUUUCAAUCAUUUGCAAUUUGUCUGAGCAGUUUUGAUACCAAAAUAGCCUGUGAAUGAGGCAAGGUGCUGGACGACGAUGGCAGAUGGAAGAUAGCGGACUGCAUGCAUGGUUCAUGCUGGAUGUUGAAGCGGGAGGAUUGGGUAAUCGCCUGAAGUUAUCCAAAUGGUUAUGAUGUUGCAGUGUAAAUAGCUAUAUCUAGUUGGUCUCGGCUUGUGAUGCAAGCUAGUUUACUUUUCCUCUUAAUCGAUAUUAUAUCCCUACAUUCUAUGCCGGUGUUCGCAGUCAAAAUUCUAGAGUUUUUUCCUUUCCGAUUUCCCGGGAAAACGGCUGGCUUGUGCUUGCAUUGUGUGGCCAUUGGCCAAAUCUGUCGAGUGACGUUGAUGAGUUUGAGAACAUGAGGCUUCGAGUGAUAUAGAUGUCAUGACUUAGUACAAGUUCUUGAGUUUAAUGUUUGGUUA